AUGUGGAAGAAGAGCACGAACAGGAAACCAAAGCCUGAGAUUUCCCAUCCUAAGAGCUCGACGGCCAAACGCUCUUUGGAGAAAGCAGACCAUGAUGAGGUUAGGAAGAAGAAGAGGUCAAAAACAGAGAAACAGAGGAUAGAAGCAGCCUUCGAACGGAUCAGUGUUAACGCUAGUCAAAGCCAGGUAACAGACAAAGUUAGAAAGCUGAAGCAAAAUAUUGCUAACACUGUGAGAAAGUCUAUUCAAAAGGGAAAGGGUGGAGAAGACAAUAUUGUGUUUUCUAGAGAUGUUAAGCAGAAAGUGUUUGAAUUGUCGAGAAAAAUAUGGGGAAGCGAUGGUGCUUUGCCUUCCAAAUCAAUGAAGAAGCUUGGAGGAAAACAGAAUAUUGAAGAAGAGGAAAAACCAAGCACUCCACUAUCUUCUGGUGUAGAGUUAGUCUCAUACUGGAAGGCAGAGAAGAAUCAUUCCCUGGCUUUAGAUGAAGCUACGGCACUUGCGUAUUGGAAUAUGGCUGCAGAUGGAAGAAAGAAGAGAGCUUUAGAGGAAAUGCUGAAGAGGAUAAAGGCAAAGGAAAUGGAGCUAUGUUUGGAGAGGAGCACACUUGUGACCGACACCUUGAAUUUUAUUUGCAAAGAAGACAUUGGAUCCUCUUCUGGAAACGUUGAUCCCAUGUUGUCACAAAACGAAGCAGCGGUUGAUGUUAGCAAUGGGAAUGAACGAAAAGAAACAGUGGUUGAUCAUGUUAACAAAGAGACUUGUAUUGCACCAGACGAUGGAAUCAAUAAUGUUGAAACCGGUUUACAAGAUAUUGAAGAAGAGAAAGAUGUUUGUGAAGACUUGGAGAUAGAACAGGAAGAAGCUGAUGAUGUUGUCGCAAGUGAUGCAAACAUAGAAGAGAAAAACGAAGCUUCUGUUACAUCAGAUGCGAUAGAGAAGGAAGAAGUUGCUUGUGUUGCUUCAGAUGGAAUCAAAGAAAGAUCUGUCUCUAGGAAAAAACUUCUUGUUCUUGAUCUUAACGGAUUGCUUGCAGAUAUAGUUUCUACUCCCGCAGUUUCUAAACCGGACAUUAUUAUCAAAAGAAGGGCAAUUUUUAAGAGACCUUUCUGCGAAGAAUUUCUCAAGUUCUGCUUUGACAAGUUUGAAGUUGGUAUCUGGUCCUCGAGAAAGCAAGAAAAUGUUGAAGGAAUCACUGAGUUCUUGCUUGGAGAUAUGAAGAGUAAAUUGUUGUUUUCUUGGGACAUGUCUUAUUGUACUAAGACCACUCUUACGACCCUUGAAAAUAGGCACAAACCUGUUGUGUUCAAGGAUCUAAACAAGCUCUGGGAGAAACAACAUAAAAAACUUCCAUGGGAAGCAGGUGAUUACAACAAAACCAACACGGUUUUGCUCGACGAUUCUCCUUACAAGGCUUUGCUAAACCCGCCAUAUACUGCAAUAUUUCCUCACUCAUACCACCAUCAGAACAAGAAAGACGCAUCUCUAGGUAAUGGUGGUGAUCUGAGACUUUAUCUGGAGAAGUUGGUGGAAGCCGAAAACGUUCAAGAUUUCAUCAAGAUGAAUCCUUUUGGUCAAGAAUCUAUUACGGAAGCAAGUGAUUCUUGGGAGUUUUACAGACUAGCGAUUCCUAAUAGCACUUGUGCAUCUAAGAACCUGAGGAGCAACGGAGAUGAUGGAAAAGAGAGUUUUGCGGUUGGAACUUGGGAGGAAAAAGAAGUGAUAAGCCGAGAGGGACAUAUGAAGCUUAAGACAAAUGUCAUUUUUGCUUCCAUCGAUCAGAGAAGCAAGCAAGCAGGUGGUGAGAGUGCAUGCACCGUUCUUGUAGCGGUUAUAGCUGAUUGGUUUAAUAAGAACGGUAAUCUCAUGCCGAGUAAGUCUCAGUUCGAUAGUUUGAUCAGAGAAGGCUCGUUAGAGUGGAGAAAACUCUGCGAAAACGAAACGUACAUGCAGAGAUUCCCUGACAAGCAUUUCGAUCUAGACACUGUGCUACAAGCAAAGGUCCGGUCUUCUUUAACUGUUGUCAACGGGAAAUCCUAUACCGGGUUUUUCCAGCCUGAAGGGAUGACCAACGAGGGAAGACUCGAGUUUCUGCAACAAGCAAUGUCAUUUGAUAGUAUGUGGGAUGAGAUUUUUAGUCUCGAUGAUGAGAGUGAUGUUUAUAUUGUGAGUUGGAAUGAUCACUUCUUCGUCCUGAAAGUUGAAAAGGAAGCUUACUAUAUCAUUGACACAUUUGGAGAAAGGCUCUAUGAAGGUUGUGAUCAAGCUUACAUUUUGAAAUUCGACGAUAAAACCAUCAUCAGCAAGAAUCUUGAUGGAUCAGAAUCAGAGAUUGUUGUGUGCAGAGGCAAAGAGUCAUGUAAAGAGUAUAUUAAGAGUUUCUUGGCCGCAAUACCGAUUAGGGAUUUGCAAGAAGAUAUCAAGAAAGGAUUAGCCUCGACCGUUCAUGUUCAUCACCGUUUACAGAUUGAGUUUCAUUACACAAAGAUGACUACAGACGCAGAAAAUUGUGGUCUGAAGAGUUAA